AUCUUGAGCCUUUAGCAAGCAACGGACAAGGCAGAAGAAAAUACGAGUAAAAUACAACAGCCUAACCUGAGAAAACAGGGAUAUGUCCGCUAGAAUCAAGGAUAUAUGAAAGAAUAAAGGUCGAAUACAGUGGAACGACCACGGGACAGUAACGGAGACGGUAAAACAGCCAUCUAAGUGCCUCGGAUACCCGGACCUAACGUUACAAGUCAUCUUUUUUUCGCCGGAGUAGGAAGGAAGAGUCGAGUCGCCGACAGAAAAACACAUCCAGAGUGAAACCAUGAAUCCCGAAUAUGACUAUCUGUUCAAGCUCCUGCUCAUUGGAGACUCUGGAGUAGGGAAGUCCUGUCUUCUGCUGCGCUUUGCUGACGACACCUACACAGAGAGCUACAUCAGCACCAUCGGAGUGGACUUUAAGAUCCGCACCAUCGAGCUGGAUGGCAAGACCAUCAAACUGCAGAUUUGGGACACUGCAGGCCAGGAGAGGUUUCGUACUAUCACCUCCAGUUACUACCGCGGAGCCCACGGCAUCAUAGUUGUAUAUGACGUGACGGAUCAGGAGUCCUAUAACAACGUCAAGCAGUGGCUUCAGGAAAUCGACCGCUACGCCAGUGAAAAUGUCAACAAGCUUCUGGUGGGCAACAAGUGUGACCUGACCACUAAGAAAGUAGUGGACUACACAACAGCCAAGGAGUUUGCCGACUCUUUGGCCAUCCCCUUCCUGGAGACGAGCGCCAAGAACGCCACCAACGUAGAGCAGGCUUUCAUGACCAUGGCCGCAGAGAUCAAGAAGCGCAUGGGUCCCGGGGCCACAGCCGGCGGCGACAAGCCCAACUUAAAAAUCGAGAGCACCCCCGUCCGGCAGUCUGGAGGGGGCUGCUGUUAAAAGACCCCCCAACCCACCACCCUGACCAUCACCUCCACCACUUCCACCGAAAUCUCCCUUUCUUCUCCUGCCGUGUUCCCUCCCAUCAUCUCCGCCACUUCCACACCCCACCAUUCCUCCAUAACACCCUGUAACCCUCCACCCCUGCUCCCUGACUCCCCUUCUAUCAGCCCGCCUGGUCAUCCGGGGAUGGUUGGUCGAACAGAGGAGUAAACUGUAAGAGUGUUAAGAUCAGAAAACAGAUUGAAACUUUACAAGGGUUAAUUCGGGCCUGGACACCCAUCAAACAGGUGGGCGAGCAAAAGUGAAUAGUCUGUGAGGGAGGGACAGAAACAGACACCCAGACCACUUUGGCUUUCUGCCAAGAGGACAGAUAGAAAACAGAUACGGGGGGAAGAUUGGUAUUGAUUUAGAGUGGAAUGAAGGCAGUGGGGGAUUAGGUUUAGAUACCGUGAGCUUAUCUCUAUACACACACACACACACACACACACACACACACACACACACACACUCUCAAACACAGUAGUAGGGUGGCAGAGGUUAAAGAGAUUUAAGCCAAACACUUUCUCCUCAGUCUGUGUCUGUCUUUGCUGAUCUCCUUCUUAGGGCCACCCCUCCUCGCCCCAGCCCAGACUUUUCAUCCCUGGAAUAAUUUACCUGCACAAACACACACACACGCAGGUACAGUGUGCUUGAGUCGCCCACUGUAGAUGCUCCGUACACAGCAGGAAGUGUUCCUGAACAGUGACUCAUCAUUGCCAUUUCUUGAUGAGGAUCCAGGGAAAGCCCAUACAGCGAGCCUCCUCUCCCUUCCAUCUGUCCUCUCCCUCACACUCUCACAAGGUGUGUUCAGACAGGAAGCAAAGGGAAUUUUCUCGUCACGUCAAUUACGUGAGUUUAACCCACACAGUUCGAUCCGACUGGGCACAUACCGGUUCUCCUCAACUUCUGUUAUGCUGCUCAAUUACCCGUGCACCGUCCAUUUAAAGGAAAUACUAACUAAUGACGACAACAGUACUUGGCAAAUAGCCAAUCAAAUUGCAGCGUGGCCACAGGCAAUCAGCCACACUUCGACGCAUUCGAUUUGUGACAUCCUCUUCCAUUGCCAAAGACUUUAGGCAUGUGUAUUGUUGUUUUCUCCACAUAGCGGCCCGUUGAGCCAAGCACAGUUAAAACACCAUAUUAAAACUAUUAUACCAGCCACUGAUUGUAGAAUGAUACUUUUUUGUUGUUGUUGCUCAAGUUAAAACACAAAAGUACUCACCUUUCCAUUGACUUUUUAUGCAAUCGCGCUAGCUCUAAAAUUUUCCUCGCGUUCUGUCUGAACACACCUUUUAAGGUACUGUAUACGGACGACUGAAGUAGAUGCAUGAAGAAUGAAAAACAAGAGCUUGUUUUCACAACUCUUCACACGUAGCCAAUGGCUGCGUAAAGUGAGCACGAUUGUCGGAUUAUAGUUGCAAAAAUUGUCAGAUGCAGUUCCCCGCGAAAAUGCACCACGGAAAAGGGGGUUUUAGAUGCUGUUAGUCAAUCCGACAAGCAUCUCAUUUGAAGCAUACCGAAGUGCAAAAACAAGCUUAAGUAGCAUAGUGAGCACUUGUGGGGCUAGUUGGCAAGCCACUGUGGCUGGGGAGCUAACUUUUAGCAUUGUCAGCUAGCUCGGCCGCUAACAGUAAGUUAACAGUUUACUCAAAAGACAAAGUUGCACCAUCGACUCCUGUCUGCAAACCGUUUCUCUUUGCUGGGAAUGUUUACAUAAGACGCGGUUGGUACACCACAGCUAAUACGAUAGCCUGCUCCACGUGGGACUCUUCAGCUCUCUGUUCCCUCUAAAGGCGCAACUGCCAAGAUGGUUUGCGAUUGGUCAAUGGCACAAAUUCACGUGUCAAUAAAAAUUCACCAAAGUCAAACUAGGGGAAGCAGUGCAGAUUUACUUUGGGGCGAUUCCGCUGAAAUAAAUUGUUUUUAAAAAGUUAAUGCUGGUGUGACCCCCAGCCGCUUGUCUGAAACUAUAAUGAGGAGAGAGAGCUCCAUGCAAAGACAGGUUGUAGUUAGUUUAGACGGAAGCAUUAACCAAGAGAUCCUCCAACCAAAGUCCCCGCUCAACACUUAGAGUUAGAAGAGGACCCACUGGCAGGUCGGGUAAUUCCCCAUGUAGACGUCAGAGCUGGGAUGGAGGCGGAGGGUUGUGAGAACUGCAAUAUAUGAUGUUAGUUUAGUCCUUUUUCAGUCUUCAUUUCACACACACAAAAGAAAGCAAUGUGACAGAAUGCUGUAACAUUUAGCACGGUGACUUCCUGGAAUGACACUAAAUAUAACAGUCCAAGGACAGGUAACGCUGCAUACACAUGGUGAGAUGUGAGGGGGGGACACAAGCAGGUUAACUUAAAGAGAAGCAAUUGGCAAUUCUCUGCAUUGAGCUUAAUUACUGUUUUAUUAUUGUGGUUUUACUGUUUUUAUUUUUUUUAUUUUAUUUUCUCAUUGAUACUUCUGAUAGAGGCAACUUGUACAAUUAGUUUAAACUCUCAUGCUUAGUCAGUAUGUGACGGAGUAGGUUUUAGGGUGUUAUUUUCUUCUUGCUUGUUUGCAGAUGAAGCUGAGGUGGAGAUGUGGUGUGGGUGUGUGUGUCUGCUCGGGGUUGGGGGGGGUGGGGCUCUUACAAAAGCUGCUGUCCCUUCCCUGAAAACAUAAUUGUGUCCCGUUUGGACACAUGGUUGACGCCUGUCUCUCAUGUCCCUGUGCGUUUCGGCUUCCCAUGAUGCUUCAGUGUUGCUGUUUGUGCCACCUGUGUUAUUCUUCUUUUUUUUACAUUGGGAGUCUUUGACAAUAAUCACCGCUGCCUCAGUAUACUUCAAAUGCACUUUUAACCAGGCCAUAAGUU